AUGCUUCAUCUAAACAACACACGGUUUCACCCUUCCACCUUCCUCCUAGUGGGGGUCCCAGGGCUGGAAGAUGUGCAUGUAUGGAUUGGCUUCCCCUUCUUUGCAGUGUAUCUAAUAGCCCUUCUAGGGAACAUCACUAUCUUGUUUGUGAUACAGACUGAACAGAGCCUCCACCAACCCAUGUUUUACUUCCUAGCCAUGUUGGCCUGCACUGAACUGGGCUUGUCUCCAACAACCAUUCCCAAGAUGCUGGGAAUUUUCUGGUUUAAUCUUGGAGAGAUUGUGUUUGGUGCCUGCAUCACACAGAUGUAUACCAUUCAUAUAUGCACUGGCCUGGAGUCUGUAGUACUGACAGUCAUGGCCAUAGAUCAUUAUAUUGCCAUCUGCAACCCCCUGAGAUAUAGCAUGAUCCUUACUAACAAGGUAAUAGCCAUUCUGGUCAUAGUCAUCAUUGUCAGGACUUUGGUGUUUGUGACUCCAUUCUUAUUUCUCAUCCUGAGAUUGCCUUUCUGUGGUGUCCGGAUUAUCCUUCAUACCUAUUGUGAACACAUGGGCUUGGCAAAGUUAGCUUGUGCCAGUAUUAGAGUUAAUGUUAUAUAUGAAUUGAUUGCCUUCUCAGUGGGAUGCAUUGACCUUUCUGUGAUUGGAUUUUCCUGUGUCCAAAUCCUCUGAGCUGUCUUCCAUCUCCCAUCCUGGCAUGCCCGGCUUAAGGCACUCAGCACAUGUAGCUCUCACGUCUGUGUUAUGUUGGCUUUCUACCUGCCAGUCCUCUUUUCCUUCAUGAUACACUGCUUUGGCCACAACAUCCCUCAUUACAUCCACAUUCUUCUGGCCAAUAUAUAUGUGGUUUUUCCUCCUGCUCUUAACCCUGUUAUCUAUGGGGUCAAGACAAAACAUAGGAUACUUAAUCCUAAAAGCUUUUGGCAUUUUGCCCCCAAGUGGAUCUUCCACAACAAUUCAGUUAGAAGAUAA